UCAUUCUCCUUGGCCUUGACAGGCUCUCUAUUUCCGCUGCCCCCGCCGACAUUAUUCUCGUCCUUCGUUUCUAGUAGUACAACAGCUCAAAUAUCAAUGGGACAUUCACACGACCUGCAGGAAUACCUUUCGUUCGCGAUUGCUUUGGCCAAGGAGGCCGGCAAGAUGAUUAAAGACGCCACAGAAACCAGAAUGUCAGGCACUGGCAACCAGUUUCUGGUAAAGUACGACAACCCGACCGACUUGGUGACGGAAACCGACCAGGCUGUUGAAAAGUAUAUCAAAAAGCGCCUCUCGGAAGCAUACCCGGAACAUCGGUUCAUUGGCGAAGAAACGAUGGCUGAAGGCGUGGAAGCAGUGUUUACGGACGAACCUACUUGGAUUGUCGAUCCAGUCGACGGAACAACCAACUUUGUGCACGGACAUCCGUUCGUCGCUGUGUCCAUCGGCCUGACCAUCGGCAAGGAACCUGUAGUAGGCGUUGUCUAUUGCCCGCUUAUGAACGAACUAUAUUCUGCCGCCAAGGGCUUGGGCGCUUUUCUCAAUGAAAAUGUACGACUACCUCUCUUCCAACCCACCCCGCCACCACUUGGCGACCUAUCAGAAUGCAUUGUUGCCACGGAGGCUGGUUCGGAUCGUUCGCCCGAAGUGUUUGACAAGAAGAUGGCAACCAUCCACACGAUCCUGAAACAAAAACAAAACAACGGCAAACAAGCACAUAGCAUCCGCUGCACGGGUUCGGCAGCCAUCAACCUGUGCACCAUUGCCAAGGGUGUUGUUGAUGUAUACUGGGAAGUCGGCUGCUGGGAGUGGGAUGUUGCAGCAGCGAUUGUCAUUGUGCGCGAGACGGGGGGCAUUGUCGUAUCCGGCGGAAGUAAUCCUGAUGCAUCGCCAGUGAACAUCUUUAGUCGCAAAUACUUGGCGAUCCGUGGCGCGCAGGAUGAAGCCAGCCAGCUCAAGGUCGCUCAUCAAAUGUGGGAUAUCAUUCCCGACAUUGAUGCACCCAGAAAGGCUGUGCCUGGCGGAUUCGAACCAUAAUUAACAACCCCACAUGCAUAUAGGCCAAACAUACAAUGUAUAGUUUUAGACU